AAACCAGUUGCAUUUGCAGUCCGUACGAAUGUCGCCUAUGAUGGUUCAACUGACUCUCCUCCAGUGCCCAACACUGCUGUCUCUUUUGCUAUCAGGGACUUUCUGCACAUCAAAGAGAAGUUCAACAACGAAUGGUGGAUAGGUCGGUUGGUGAGAGAAGGUUCUGAUGUAGGGUUCAUUCCAAGCCCCACCAAGCUGGAAACCAUCAAACAACAACAAGUCAGUCAACCCAACGCCAAAAACACUAAAAAUAAGAACAACACUGCUUCAAAUGUUGAUAAUCUGCUCAACUCCAAAUCAACAACAUCUCGAAGUUCAACACCGCCGUCGCCAGGUUUCUUAUGUUAUCAACCGGCUCUUGAUAUUGGGGACGAUGAUGAUGAAGAUGAGGUCGGCAACCAACCAGCCACCACAAGCAACACUACCGCCAUCAACAGCACAAACCCAACUGCAAAUACUAAGGAAAAGAGGAAACCAUUCUUUAAAAAAAUGGACUCGAUCCCCCCUUACGAAGUGGUACCAUCCAUGCGGCCUGUCAUCUUCAUUGGUCCCUCGCUCAAGGGCUACGAGGUCACAGACAUGAUGCAGAAGGCGUUGUUCGAUUUCUUGAAACAUCGAUUCGAAAAUAGGAUCACAGUGACACGAGUGACAGCUGAUAUUUCAUUGGCCAAGAGAUCCGUCCUGAACAACCCGGGUAAGAGAGCUAUCAUGGAGAGGGCCAACAGCAGAUCAUCUUCAAUAGCUGAAGUGCAAGGAGAGAUAGAGCGAAUCUUCGAGCUAUCUCGCUCCCUACAGCUCGUUGUACUCGACUGCGACACCAUCAACCACCCCUCACAACUCACCAAGACGUCACUGUCACCAAUUAUCGUGUACAUCAAGAUCGCCUCCCAAAAGGUUCUGCAGAAGCUGAUAAAAACUAGAGGCAAGUCACAGAGUCGCAACAUGAAUGUGCAACUGAUGUCUGCUGAGAAACUCAAUCAGUGCAAUCCAGAAAUGUUUGACGUUAUAUUGGACGAGAACCAAUUAGAUGAGGCCUGUGAUCAUCUGUCUGAAUAUCUCGAAUCUUAUUGGCGGGCCACCCACCCC